UUUUUAGUAUCGACUAUAGAUGGCCUAAACAUUUUUUUUUUGGAGUAAAAACGUGGUUGGGUUAUUUGAGGCUAUGUCGUAUUGUGUUUAUUGUUAAAGACAGUUCAAAAACGUGACAACAAAGUUGUGUUUAAUAAUAAAAUAAACAAAUUUGAUAGUUACUUAAAUAUAAACAAUGUCAGAAGUACAAGAGGACAAUGAACUACCAAAAUCUCAAGGAGUUAAACGUAAAAAAAAGCGUUCAACAAAUCAAAUGUUAAAAAAAUUAACUCGUCGUCGUGGUGAUAGAGGUGGUGAACUUGAUUCAGAAACUUAUCAAUACAUGUGUCGUAUAAUGGAUGUAUUACGUGGAGAUUUUGGUAAAACAAGUACAGAAGAUAAAUUAAUAUUUGCAAAUAAUGUACAUGAACAAACAAUUGGUCAUGAAAUUGAUUUGGCUAAAAAUCAAGUUGGUGCAAUGGUAUUAGACAAGUUAAUGAAAUACAUUAAUUUAGUAUCAAUUGAAAGAUUAUCAUCAGCAUUUACUCCAUCAUUGAGACCACUUUGUAGUGAUAGAUUUGCCAGUCAUGUUAUUGAAAGAAUAAUACAAACAUCAGCUGAAAGAGGUAAUCGUAAAUUGAAUGAAAUUAAAAAUAAUGAUGAUGUUGAUGUUGCAGAUGAUGAAGCAUCAAAAUAUAAUGCUGUUGCAUUAAAAUUAUGUCGUUAUGUUAUUAAUAAUUUUGAAGAAUUUGUAUGGGAUACAUAUGCUAAUUUUGUUAUGAGAACAGCAAUUGAAUGUUUGGGUGGUCUUGUUGAACGUGAUGAUCAUGAAUUAGGAAAAAAAAAACAAGUACCAACAUUUGGACCAAGACGUAUUGUUGAUAAAGAAUAUACUGAUAUGUUAAAUGAUACAAUUAAUAGAUUUUUAAAUUGGCCACAAUUUAAUGAAUUUGGUAAAAAUGAAUUAACAUCACCAUUAUUACAAACAUUUUUAUAUACAUUAAAAGACAUUGAUACAAAAUUAUGUUCAGCUGUUAUUAAAAAAAUUAAAAAUAAUUGUUUUACUGAUAAUAAUGAUGAUUGUUUAUCAAAUGUAUUUGAUGAUGUAACAUCAAUGAGACUUAUUGAAGCUUGUUUAACAACAUCAAAUCAAAAAAUGUUUAAAAAAUUAUAUAAAAAAUUUUUUGCUGGUAAUAUUAAAAAAAUAUUAGAUAAAAAUAAUGCAAAUUAUUCAGUACAAAGAUUAUUAGAUGCUUGCACAACAAAAGAAGAUUUUGAAUUAAUAUUUGAUGAAAUAUCUGUUAUUUUAUCUGACAUAUUGAGUAAACAAUAUACUGGAGUUUUAUCAUCAUUGGCAAAUGCAUGCCUGAGAUUACAAUCAAAACAGGGUCCAUUUUUAAAUAUAUUAUCAGAGUGUCUUGGUUGUGAUGGUACUGUUGAUAGUUCACAAGAUAAAUUGGCUCAUUUUGUUGAUCUUGUUGUUAGAUUAAUUAAUUGGGAACAAUAUGAAUCAGCUAAAAAAUGUCAAAGAGUUAUUCCACUUCAUUUACAUGGCAGUUUAAUUAUUCAGGCAAUAUUACAAUUUAAUAAACCAAUUAAAGUUGUUAAUUCAUUGUUAGCUAUGAAUGGUAGUGAUUUGGCUAUAUUAUUUGGUGAACCAAAAGGAAGUAGAAUACUUGAUGCAUUUAUGGAUAGUAAAUUUAUUGGUGAAAAAAGUCGUGAUAAAUUAAUAAUAAAAUUAAAAGGAAAUUGGCUUGAGCUUGCACGUGGUACACAUGGUUCACGUUGUAUUGAUAAAGUUUGGCUUUAUACUAAAAAUAAUCAGAAAAAUCAAAUAAUGGAAGAACUUUCUGCUAAUUGUUCAUUAUUAACAUCAACAAAAGCUGGUUCAAUAAUAUCAGCAAAAUUAAAUGUACCAUUAUUUGCUAGAAAUAAAAAAGAUUGGGCUGAUUCACAAGGAAAAGAAAAUAAAACAAAAGCUCUUUUUGCUGACAUCAUUGGACCAGAUACUGAAAAAUCCACUGAAACCUAAAAGAAAACAAAUUAAAUAUACAUGUAUUUUAUUUCUUAUGUAAUAUGAAUAAUAAAAAAAGGUAGAGAAGCUUUCUUUACGUUUUAAUUUAAAUUA